CGCGAAUGGUUAUAUACUAUAUGUUAAGGUCUUAAUUUAACUUUGUUCAUUUGCAUACAAAUUGGUUAAAACAAAUAAUUCAUAACUGACUUUGAGGUGUACUGUUUUGGUCACCCAAGUAUUUUUCAGUGACCGAACAUGGAUUUAAGUUAAAGUAAUGAAAAACUAUCUCUUAGAACACUUAUAUUUAUAAGUUUAUUUCGUUUCUUAAGUGUUCAAUGUAUAAAAAAGUCGACCAACGCGGAACUAUAAUUAGUGAUAAUUACUAUUUAAUCCUACAUCUAUAGAGUGACGUGAAAUUCGGACACCAUGGAUUUUCGGAGUAUACAUACGUUUGUGAAUUCGCCGGGAUCCGACGGUCUACGGUACUCGCCGUCCCCGACGGGAGACAGUCCGAAAUCCUACAUCAGCCUCGAUGAUCCCCGACACAAGCCCACAAGACCCACAUGUCAGAGCUGUCAGCGGUUGAUCGAGGAGCGCUGGAUGUUACACGUGGGCAAACAACAUUACCACGCGGCGUGUCUGCGAUGUUCCACAUGUCAACGAACUCUGGACAGCCAUUCCUCGUGCUUCUUCCGAGAAGGGCUUAUCUUCUGUAGAAACCAUUAUUUAAGUCGGUACAGUACAAAGUGCGCCGGAUGUUCGGACCCCCUGCAGCCUUCUGACUGGGUGAGACGAGCACGUGACCUCGUGUAUCAUUUGGAGUGUUUUCGGUGCAGCACGUGUCACCGGAAGUUAUCCACGGGUGACACGUGCGUGCUCAAAGGGGACACGAUGUUGUGUCCGGACCACAUAGCACCGCACGUGGGAAUUGAAGAACCCGACAACGUGUCAAUAUGUUCUAUGGAUUCGGAAAGUCGUGGCUCUGAAUCUUCAGAAGAGAAACACGGAAACGGUAACACAAGCACCGGAAGCGGAAGCGGUAAUGGGAAGCGUCAGAGAACGAGCUUUACCGCGGAACAGGUUGCCACACUACAGGACGAAUUCCGACGGAAUCCGAAUCCCUCACCGGAAGACCUGGAACGAAUAGCUGAUCUCACGGGACACACACGGAAGGUGGUCAUGAUAUGGUUCCAAAACGCCCGAGCGCGCAACAAGAAGUUGCUGCUUAACGGCGGCUCAAACCCUUUGCCUUCCAAGAAACAAGGUAUACCAUCUUACCAUAGAAAAGACAGACGGUAGUGCACACUUUAACUUCGCUGGCUACUGGGGUCUCAUGCCAUUGGAACACAACGCCUCGCAGCCCGGGAACCAUUCCGUUUUUGGAAUAAAUCAUUGACAAUACCGUUUGUUGAACUUAUCAUUGGCAUGAAACGGGAACCACUCCACCUAUCAUUUAAAUGUUUAAUAUGCGGAUUAUAACCGGUGUGAAGUAUCUUUAAACAAUCUCAAUAAAACCGGACCAUUUCUACAACAAUUCAGUAAACAUUGACAUGUACUGUGGACUAUGCUUUAUGUUUGUGAAACUUAUUAUUGACUAGUACCGGGACCCGGGAACUAUUCCGUUUUUGGAAUGAAUUAUUCAUAAUUUUCCGGGAACCAUCAUUUGGUGACACCCCAAUUUAUUGACUUGUAUUGGGAGCCCCUGUGAAACAAAUCUUGAACAUUUAUUUUUUGAAAUAACUGUCAACACCUCUUAGAGGAAAUAACUAUGUUUGUAUAAUAUAUCAUUGCAACUGUGCUGGAAGCACCCCAUUCAUAAGAAUAACAAUUUGCAUUCGGAUCUCCUCAGCCAUUUUUCAUCGAAAACAUCCUCGGAUGCCGCUUCACCAAUAGAAGAAGUUCUUAAAUUUUAAAUGAUUGUAUGAAUUAAUAGUAGUGUUUUAACUUGUAAUUUGUAUUACUAUGUUAAAUUGGUUGCCAGUAAAGUGUAUAAUUGCAUAAAAAAUUAAGAUUCCAAAGAGUAAAUUCAUAAAGUUUUACUGCUAUAUUGAAAUUACUACGCGGUCUUCUUGCAGCGUAAACUGUAAAGAUUUCUGACGUUGUAAACAGCCCAUAUACAUGUACAUCCGAGGUUGUUUUCGAUGUAAAAUGGCCGAGGAUUUCCGAAUGUUACAAUUCGUAUUAUCAAGCAUUACCAGACCCCGUUGUGAAAUUCACGAUUUGUUUUAAAUAAAAGACAGUUCAUUUUCAUUCAAACCACCCUCCGUGUAUGUUUAUGUAAUAUUUCGAUGACAUGAAGUAAUAUCUUAAUUAUUAAGAAUGGACAGAGUAAGCGUAGCGAACGAGCCCUUUCUUUUUCAUUAAGAUGUAACUCCAGGUCAUCUAACGAGCUUAGAAUAAAACCUCAUUGGCUGACCGUUGGCAAUGUGCGUAACGCAGUGAAUGUGUACCGGAUGAGUGGCAGUAGGCGGGCCUUUAAACACCCGCGAAAGUUGAAAUGUUUAAUGAUUAAGCCUAGUACUAAAUGAAUGCAUAUUUGCAUUUUCAUUGGCUAAAACUAUAGGUUGUGUUCUAAUUGGUUAAGUAGCAUUUUGCAGGGCAGCAAACGCUAUUGUUUAUGAAACCACAAAAUUCGUGUAUGUCAAUAACAGAAAACUGUUUUAUUUGCAAAAUACAUACCAGUUAUUGUAAAACAUCAAUUUUGAUUCAGUUGUAACAUCAUAUACAAAUAACAAGUAUGUUUAGUUUUCUUCUUUCUGGCUUAUUGCUGGACUUCUUUUUGUGAAAGUUAUUGUAUAAAGCUACAAUGUUCGACAUUGUAUAAAAUUU